UCUGUGCUUAUUGGUCGGAGGAUCGUUUCACGGGUUCAGAUCUCGGCAUACAAAGCCCGCACUCUAUUCCGGGUAAACGGGCGGAGCUUGUCGUCUCUCCCCUAGCACCUAGUGGGGAGAAGCCAUGGGUGCUCUCCUGGCAGACGGCCGAAUCGUAAAUCAUGACCAGUCGGUCGCUCGGAGCGCAUCGUGACAAACAGCCUGAAAACCUAUGGAAAACAUCGGCCGCGAUCGAUCCACACUCCGUACCGAUCUCUAAUUUCGUUUUUCACUUGCUCCAAUACCACUGUGCUUCGUCGAACUCAAGCUCAAAAUUCAUUCGUGCUUGCGAUAUUACGAACUAUCGUACCAGUGACACCUAUUAAAUGUAAAGAUAUUUCAUAAGAAUUCCCGUUAUCGACAUAUGAAUUGUUAUUAAGGCACUGAAUGAAGACUGUGAAGUUUCAUGAUUGUGGUAGUGAUCUAGGAUCCUAGACAAUCGGUUUCUCAAGAAACGACCAUGUGCAGCAACGAGAGCCCACCGCCGGCCAAGGAGCCUCUAGCCGUCGGUCUGGGCAACCCCAUGACAGGCUUCUUGCCUGGACUGGAACACUAUAGACUUCAAUUGUACCAUUACGCAAUGGCUGAGAGACUGAGGCUGGCUCAGCAGCUGCAUCCCCAACAUCCAGGCGUGGGGCAUCCUCCAUCCAGUGCUCCAACACAUCUAGGAAUGGGUCCUGGGUUUCCUGCGCCGUUACCAUUAUACCCGGCUGCAGCGGCUGCUGCCGGAUAUCCCAGUCGGUUAGCUCUGUCUAUGGCUCUUCUUCAUCCUCAUCAUCAGCGGAUACCGGAAGAGCCCAAACCACAACAUAGUUACAUUGGCCUUAUUGCCAUGGCGAUCUUGUCCUCGCCAGAGAAGAAACUCGUACUAUCGGACAUCUACCAACAUAUAUUAGAACACUAUCCUUACUUUAGAACACGAGGACCAGGCUGGAGGAACUCAAUAAGACACAAUUUGUCAUUGAACGACUGUUUUGUUAAAUCAGGAAGAAGUGCUAAUGGAAAAGGUCAUUAUUGGGCCAUACAUCCAGCGAAUCUAGAAGACUUUCGACGGGGAGAUUUCAGGAGACGCAAGGCUCAGAGGAAGGUGAGAAGGCACAUGGGUCUAGCCGUCGACGAAGAGCCAGAUAGUCCAAGCCCACCUCCGUUACCAGCCACGCCACCUCCUCCAGCUACUUUAGGACCCCCAGUGGCUUCUCAGCCCAUGCCGGGAAUCUGGACGCCGCAUCACCAUCAUCCACACCAUCAACAGCAACAACAACAGCAACAGUUCCAGAGUCAGACUCUGAGGCAGUCAUCGACUUUUCAACCUUCGAGGAAGAGACAGUUCGACGUCGCGAGUCUCCUUGCGCCUGAUGACCAGCAUCAGAUAGAGUCCGAUCUCAGGCCACAGAAGGCAAGGAGGUUUAGUUGCAGUGAGGAUGAGUUACAUGAUCUUCAGGAGCCUGAUCAGGAUGAGGAGGAUGUUGAUGUGGAUGUUGUGGCUGAGACAAAUGCUCUGCCGUCGCCCAACACGCCGUCGGCCAGUCCUGAGGCUAAGGUCAUCUCGACGGCUGGUCACUGGACCAAUCAGGGCAUUCAGAGUGGGCAGAUUUCGGGACUUCAUAUUCAGAGCCAUCUGCAAGCGAGGAAUUAUUACGUGCCGGCGACCUCCAGCAAUGGGUCCAACGGUUAAUGGAAGAUUUCGCGUUUAUUACUCGAGUUCUUUCUGGUUCGAGACUAAUCGCAGACUGUUCGAGGUGGUUGGAGGAUUGUGAAGGUGUGAAGCUGGGAGUAAGCGACGUGUAGAGGUGGAUAAAGAGGUGAUGGAUAAGAGGUCGGGAAUUAUUUUGAUGUACGGCUUUUAGCCUUUUUUUAUAUUGUUUGGAGAGUUGGUAUUUGGGAAAUUUUGAGGCACAGUGGUCCACGAACGAAAUUUAGAAUAAAAUUUAACUAGAUGAUACGAGAAAGGGAACGUUUGUGGAUUGUGAAUUGUGGAUUUUUAUGCAAGCUCGUUAUUUUCACGAGUAUAGCAGCACCUUGAUUAUUUGAACUUACUGCUAAUUUAUACUGUUCGCAUAAUCGAAUAACUUUAUUUUCAUAUCAGAGAGAUUUAUUUAUUUGAUUACGAUUAUGCUUUUACUUUAGUAAUUAUUUUAUGAAUGUUGAUAUUAGAUAGAAAUAAAAGCUUGCGAAUAGAGGUGUCAUAAUUUCAUCCAAUUUUUAUUUUCGUUUUACAAUUUUUGUUGUCAGGGACCAUUCCUAAAUUUCUCAUUAGUCAUGAUGUUCGAAUAAACGAAGUUCUGCUGUACAGGAAGUAUAGAACUGAAAUAGAUAUUUGUUUUACCCAUAAAAAAUUAGAAAAUAUUAGAAAAUUUAAAAUAUGAACUAAAAUUAUAUUUUUAUUUUAGAUACAUUGUAUAUUUUUGUGUAUUAAUGUAUUAUUUAUAUAUUUGCACUUUAAAAUUUUGCA